ACUAUAGCAGUGAAUGCAAUGCAAAAAUAUGCAGACGACGGCGUCUGAACACGGUUUAAGAUACCGAGCAUUAUUCGAAGGUUUGCUGCGUAAAUCGAGAACGUGCGUUGUUCCGAAUUGAAACACGGCUGAAGAUGACGACAGGAAGUUGUCACUGCAUAAGAACCAUAUUUGGAGAAUUGGGACGCAGCCUCACUAUGUAUUUCCGGGUUUGAAGAUCACAUUAUUACCAAAGAUUAAAGAUGGAUUUAAAAAAUUUAGAUUAAUUACGAAUCAAAUGAUUGUACUCGUAUACCAUAUUAUUAUUACCAAAUACUCACACUGUAACUCCAGAUAGCUAAGCAUCAGAGAAUUUGCCGAACCACUGAACCGGUGACGUCAGGUAGCAGUUCGGUCGAAUAGGUUUUCGUCGCUUUUUAGCUAUCGCAUAUCAAACGGAACGUGCCCAGCCAUCUACCUGGUUCCAUUGCAAUAGUUUAAUAUCCAUUCUUAAUUACAUCUAUUUUUAUUCGUCUAAUAUAUCCCAAGGAUGUACAGCGGGCUUCCCAGCGGUCUCUCGUACAGUGACUCUGAAUCCGAUUCCGAAGACUGCAAAACUCUUUCACAGAAUGAAACAGAACACAGACACGAAGCAGAAAUGAAUGAUUAUCAGCGCGAUCACACUGUGUUAUCUGAUCCUACAGAAAAGCCGGCUUCCAGUGACACAGAGGACUGCUUACCUGGAGUUUCUCCUCAGCUGUGGCAAAAAUUUAGAGAACUUAAGAAAAAAAACCAAGAGCUGAAGCUACUUGAGGUGAAACGUAAAAGACCAAAGAGACAUAAAAAAGGUGAUAAAGCUGCCAGUGAAUUGGAAUCAGAGAAGAAAAGAAAGCUUCAAGCUGAGCAUGAAGAACGGUGGAAUAACCUUAAGCAAUAUUUUUCCAUAAAUGAUAGAUUCCAGCCCCCGCCUUGUAACAGAUCCAGUGUAAAGUCAGGUCUAGAAAAGAGCAUUGAUUUGGCCAUUACAGAAGGUGAUUAUGGAACUGCGGAGGAACUGAGUGACCGACUUGCCACUAGAGAGCUGGCCGUGAAAAUCGCGAAAGCCACAGAUUGCCGUGACUUUGUGAAAACCAAACAGGAAGCAGCAGCUUCAGGGGAAGCCCAGAAAAAGAAGAAACAAGUAGCUUGGGGAUUUGAAGCCAAGAAAAGAUGGGAAACUAAGAGCAACAUGGGCUACAUGUGACUUCCAACGUAUAAGAUUUCAAUAUAUAUAUAUAUAUAUAUAUAUAUAUAUAUAUUACAUUUAUAAGGGACUUUUAGUUUAAUUGCUUAGGAAAUACUGUAAUAAUUAUUUUAUAUUAUGCAAAAUGGUAUACUGAAACAUACGUGAUUUUUGUUUAUUUUUUGCAUGUAAAUAGUUAAUGUAAAUGUUGCAUAAGGAACAGCUGUAAUGUACAGUUGACACAGUGCUUUGUGUACGAGGACUUAAUUCAUAUGUUCAAUUCAUUCAUAUAUAUUGCUGCAUCUGAAAGAGAAACACAUCACAAUAAAUCACAUUUUAUAAAAAUCUUGAAA